AGUAAAUGAGCUUGAUAAAAUAAAAACAAAUAUUCUUUCAGAUAAGAUGUUGGUUCGAAGUUUAAUUCUGACAAAAUGUACGUUUUUAAACUCGACUAGGAUCCGACAAUCAGUCCGGAGUAUUUAUAGUAUAGAUGGCGUGUUUGAUAAAUAUCUUGAAAAUGAUACAAUGAUUAAACUUGAAGCUUAUUGGAGGGACAAAAUAAAGGAUUCAUUACCAAAGAAAGAUGUGAGUAAACCUAAGUUCUACGUAUUAUCUAUGUUCCCCUACCCUUCUGGUAAACUACACAUGGGUCAUGUCAGGGUCUAUUCAAUAUCGGAUGCAUUUGCUCAUUAUUACAGAAUGCGAGGAUAUAACGUUAUUCAUCCAAUGGGUUGGGACGCAUUUGGACUUCCAGCAGAAAAUGCGGCAAUUGAAAAUAAUCUCAAUCCGAAACUUUGGACAGAACAGAAUAUAUUAAAAAUGAAAUCCCAACUCAAUGAUCUUGGAUGUACCUUUGACUGGGACAGGGAAAUAGCCACUUGUGACCCUGCGUACUAUAAAUGGACUCAGUUUUUGUUCAUUAAACUGUUCCAAUCUGGUCUAGCUUAUCAGAAGGAGUCAAUUGUAAACUGGGAUCCCGUCGAUCAUACUGUAUUAGCUGAUGAACAAGUAGAUGAUAACGGGUGUUCUUGGAGAUCUGGGGCAAAGGUUGAGAGAAAACCACUCCGGCAAUGGUAUUUUAAAACAACACAGUUCGCCGAAUCAUUGUAUGAAGGGUUGGAUAAUCCAAGUUUAGUAAACUGGAGAGAUAUUGUGAAAGCACAGAGGAAUUGGAUCGGAGAGUGUAGCGGUACAAGAAUAGAUUUUAAACUAGAGUCUGCUAGUGGAGAUAUAAACGAUGUUUUGACGGUUUGGACGGAUACUCCGGAGUACAUUUACGGAACUCAGUUCAUAGCAGUUCAUCCAGACCAUAUUAUUAAUACACAGUAUCCAGGAUACAGAUUGGUAGCAAUAAACCCGUUUUCUGGAGAGAAAAUCCCCGUAGUUUGCAGUACAGAGCUAGAGUACAAAUAUGGGUCCCAGACGGUUCUUGGGGUCCCUUGUGUACGCGAAGAACAGAGACAUCUUGCGGAGAUAAAUAACAUUAAUUGUGACCUGAAUAUUUUAAGUGGGUCAGGAGAUGACACUGUUUUAAUUAACUCCGGUCAACUUACAGGUUUGAAAUUAGCUGAGGCUAAAGAGGAAGUUAUGAAGAUAGCUAAGAGAAUGAAGAUUGGAGGAUAUCCGGUCAGUUCUAACCUCCAGGAUUGGUUAAUCAGUAGACAAAGGUACUGGGGAACCCCUAUUCCAAUUAUUCACUGUACUGCAUGUGGACCUGUACCUGUACCUGAAGCUGACCUGCCUGUACAGCUACCAGACCUGGAUGGGUUGUCAUCAAAGGGUGUAUCUCCGCUAUUAAGUGCAGAUGACUGGCUAUAUGUCCCCUGCCCUAAGUGCGGGGGCGAGGGGAGGCGUGAAACUGAUACCAUGGAUACAUUCGUAGAUUCAUCCUGGUACUAUUUAAGAUAUUUGGAUCCAAGAAAUAAUACUGAACCCUUCUCCCCCUCUGCAGCACAGAAUAUGCCAGUAGAUCUGUACAUAGGCGGAAAAGAGCAUGCUUAUCUUCAUCUUUACUUUGCCAGAUUUAUCUCUCAUUUCCUUCACAGCAUUAAUCUACUCGGAGUACAGGAACCGUUUUCCAACCUAAUUACUCAGGGUAUGGUUAAAGGACAGAGCUACAGAAUCAAGAGUACCACAAAAUAUUUGCGCCCUGACGAGGUGACUGAACAAGAUGGAAAAUAUUUUACUAAGAAUGGGAGUCUACCUGUUGUUGUUGAAUGGGAGAAGAUGUCCAAAUCUAAACACAACGGAGUAGAUCCAACUGACCUGGUUCACAAGUAUGGUUGUGAUACUGUCAGGUUAAUGAUGUUAACAAAUGUUGGACCUGCUACGGAAAGGAACUGGUCGGAAAAGGAUUAUCCCGGGAUUCGGAAUAUGCAGAUUAAACUUUGGAAGUUGGUUUCUCAGGCGAUAGAGCUCCAGAAGGAUGAACUGCCUGAACUACGAUAUGAUGAAGAGAUGAAUGAUUACAGGAAGAAGAUUAGAGAUUCAAGAAAUAAUAUGCUUAGAGAUAUUAAUCAUAACUUUCAAUUCACCAGAAAUAUAGCUGUUGUGUUAGCAAGAGUGAACACCAUGCUGUCAACUAUUUGGACAACCCCAGGACAGGUGAAGAGGGAUACCCCAGAGUUCCAGCAGAUGUUGGGAGAUAUAAUCAUUAUAAUUGCUCCGAUAGCUCCUCAUUUUGCUUCAGAACUAUGGGCUGGAUUCAGAACUGUGCCGGUCAAACAUUUCCAGGAGUUUGACUGGGAUAAGAAUGUUCUAGAACAAACUUGGCCGGAACUGGACCCAUCCUUCAACCUUCCUCUCAAGAUAGUUGGUAAUAAGAAGGAUAUGGUAACUAUCCCAGUUGCUAAGUGGAAGUUUGAUAGUUUAACUGAAGAAGAGGCAUUCGACCUAGCUUGCCAUGAGAAUAUUAUUCAGGACAAGGUUCUCCCCUUCCCUAUCCUGAACCAGAUGUUCUCCAGACAGGACGGGUUCGAUGCAACCCUCUUCAUCAACUUCGAUGCCCCCAGGGUCUACGACACCUCGCUAGAGGAGUUUAAGAAACAGAAACAGGCGGAGAAGGAGGAGAAGAGACGGAAGAAAGAAGAAAGGAAGAUGCGGAGAGAGAAGAAGAUUCAACAGCUCUUUGAGACGGAGAAGAUAAAACCGGGAAAAGGAAUUCCGAUAAAAAAAUAAAUUUUUCAGAAAAA